CGACAGGAGGGGCCACGGGAACCUCGCCAGUCCGUUAAAUAUGGGCACCAAGUCAAAGCAUCUUUAGUAAUGCGAACUAUCAGCAUAGAACACAAGCGUGCUAUUGAGAACUGCCAACGAACAACUGGAAAUCAACCGAGAAGGACUUGAGGGAAUUGAACAGUUUUCACUUAGCGAAGCGUUGAUAUUCUGCCACUCGAAAUAACCUAUUUUCUCCGUUUAUUUGCACAGAAGAAGACAAAACCUCAAUAAAAUGACAAGCUCAUCGAUUCAGCUGCUAGGUUUUGGUUUGGCUUUCAUUGGCUUUAUUGGGUUGAUAGCAUCUACUGCCAUGACUGAAUGGAAGGCAUCUUCUUAUGCAGGAGACAACAUUGUGACAGCGCAAGCCACCUAUGAAGGACUGUGGAUGUCUUGUGUGUCUCAGAGCACCGGGCAUAUGCAAUGUAAAGCGUUCGACUCUCUCCUCCAGCAACCGAUGGAGCUGCAGAUCACCCGAGCCUUGAUGAUCUCCAGCAUCCUCCUCUCUGGUACUGCCGUCCUGGUGGCCAUGGUGGGCUUGAAAUGCACCACCUGCCUGUCAGAGGACCAGCAACAGAAGGCCAGGGUGUCGCUGGUCGGAGGAAUCCUUUUCCUUAUCGCAGGUUUCUGUGCUUUGGUGGCUAGCUCCUGGUAUGGCCAAAGAAUAACAGCACGCUUCUACCAGCAAUACAUCACCUCAGAUGUGAGGUUUGAGUUUGGCAAGGCCCUGUUCAUAGCAUGGGGUGCUGCCGCUCUCUCAUUGCUGGGUGGAUGCUGCCUGUGCUGUAAGUGUUCGGGAGCUUGCUCAGGACAGUCCACACGACACCCGAAACUCAACACCCCUGCUAGGCCCGGGAUGGAUUAUGUUUAGCGAUUAGAGAGAGGUUUUAAGGAAUAACCUCUACUGCAGCCCCGGGACUGCAAAUUGAGGACCCCAGCACCAAUCGGGGGAGGAGAAUGUCCUUUUAAAAUAAGUACAGCCAAGCAAUGUUCAUCAAACUUCACCCUCUGAAGCUUCUGAGUAGUGCUUCUGGUGUCUGUGUGUACAGUUUAAGCAGUGCAUUGAGGAAAUGAUGAAAACAGAGUGCAUUUCUCCUCAGGAUUUUACUCUGGAUUAUUAUUUCUACCACUGAGAGGAAGAACUGUCGAUGUGCCAUUCAAACAUUCUGAUAUGUGAUGCAUUGUUUGUAGUUUAAGGGAUUAUAAGGGGCUAUACUUCUAGACGCAUUCAAUAUGUUGAAUGCACACAAUUCCCUUUGACUGAUUCAAAUAAUGAGUUCUGCUGAGGUGCAUAUUUAGGUCAUAUUCUUAUGGCUGCUAUGUUAACAUAACAUACAAAGAUCUUCAUUUGUUCUUCAUUUGUUUUUGCAUGUUGAUAUAAAGGUUGUUUUUUUGUGACACGAAAACAGUAUAUGUGUUUUCCUGUAUCUUAUACAAGACAGUGUUUGUAAAUAUGAGUUUAUAUAAUUAAAAAAUGUGUGUUCUUAUUUUUUGGAAUUAUAAUUUGUGAUUGUUUUCACGAGAUAUAUUUGAGGCUUCCCCUGAAAAAGGAUUCCUCUUAAGCAUGAUUCUAAAUUAAUUAUACGUAACGACCAGGUAUAAGUGUUCACCUUAAGAUAAUAAUGGUUUUUCUUAUUGUGAAGUUUUGAAGAUGUGAAAUAUUUUUGCUAAUAAUAUGUUUUUUUUUUAAUAAAUUGAAAAUGGUUAUUUGUA